AUGGACCACGAUGGCGGCCGCCGAGACGCCCCCGGCGCGCUGAUGGAGGCCGGGCGCGGCGCGGGGUCGGCGGGCAUGGCGGAGCCGCGGGCGAGGGCGGCGCGGCUCGGGCCCCAGCGCUUCCUGCGGCGCAGCGUGGUGGAGUCGGACCAGGAGGAGCCGCCGGGCCUGGAGGCAGCCGAGACGCCGAGCUCGCAGCCCCCGCAGCCCCUGCAGCGCCGGGUGCUUCUACUCUGCAAGACGCGCCGCCUCAUCGCGGAGCGCGCCCGGGGCCGCCCCGCCGCGCCCGCGCCUGCCGCGCCCGCAGCACCAUCCGACUCUCCCGGUGCCCCCUCGGACCCCGGUCCGGAGCGAGCUGGCACGCAGGAGCCCAGCCCGGAUCCCACCACCGCCUCAGCCGCAGCAGAGCCGGUCCCCGACGGCGGCCCGCGGCAGGAGGAGGAGGCGCCAGCCCCAACACGGGAGAUCGCUGGAGCCACCGAGGCGAAGCCCGAGCCCGGGCGCGCACGCAAGGAUGAGCCUGAGGUGGAGGAGGACGAUGAGGACGACCUCAAGGCCGUGGCCACCUCCCUGGACGGCCGCUUCCUCAAGUUCGACAUCGAGCUGGGCCGAGGCUCCUUCAAGACGGUCUACAAGGGGCUGGACACGGAGACCUGGGUGGAGGUGGCAUGGUGUGAACUGCAGGACCGGAAGCUCACCAAGCUUGAAAGGCAGCGGUUCAAAGAGGAGGCGGAGAUGCUGAAAGGCCUGCAGCACCCCAACAUUGUGCGCUUCUAUGACUUCUGGGAGUCUAGCGCCAAGGGAAAGCGAUGUAUCGUGCUAGUAACAGAGCUGAUGACCUCGGGGACACUGAAGACGUACCUGAAGCGUUUCAAGGUGAUGAAGCCCAAGGUACUGCGAAGCUGGUGCCGGCAGAUCCUGAAGGGCCUGCUGUUCCUGCAUACGAGGACACCCCCCAUCAUUCACCGAGACCUCAAGUGUGACAACAUCUUCAUCACUGGACCCACCGGCUCUGUGAAGAUUGGUGACUUAGGCCUGGCCACCCUUAAAAGAGCAUCAUUUGCCAAAAGUGUGAUAGGUACCCCUGAGUUCAUGGCGCCUGAAAUGUACGAGGAGCACUACGAUGAGUCCGUUGACGUCUACGCCUUCGGAAUGUGCAUGCUGGAGAUGGCCACCUCAGAGUACCCCUAUUCGGAGUGCCAGAAUGCUGCCCAGAUCUAUCGCAAGGUCACCUGUGGCAUCAAGCCGGCCAGCUUCGAGAAGGUGCACGAUCCUGAGAUCAAGGAGAUCAUCGGGGAGUGCAUCUGCAAGAACAAAGAGGAACGGUAUGAGAUCAAGGACCUGCUGAGCCAUGCCUUCUUCGCGGAAGACACAGGCGUCCGAGUGGAACUUGCAGAAGAGGACCAUGGCAGAAAAUCUACCAUAGCCCUGCGGCUUUGGGUGGAAGACCCCAAGAAGCUGAAGGGCAAGCCCAAAGACAAUGGAGCCAUAGAGUUUACCUUUGACUUGGAGAAAGAGACCCCUGAUGAGGUGGCCCAGGAAAUGAUUGAUUCUGGAUUUUUCCAUGAGAGUGAUGUGAAGAUUGUGGCCAAGUCCAUCCGUGACCGGGUGGCACUAAUCCAGUGGCGCCGAGAGAGGAUCUGGCCUGCGCUGCAGUCUCAGGAGCCAAAGGACUCGGGCAGCCCUGACAAGGCCAAGGGUCUGCCAGCACCUCUACAGGUCCAGGUGACCUACCAUGCACAGAGCGGGCAGCCUGGACUGCCAGAAGCUGAGGAACCUGAGGCUGACCAGCAUCUCCUGCCUCCUACCUUACCAGCUAGCGUUACCUCCUUAGCCUCGGACAGCACCUUCGACAGUGGCCAGGGCUCCACUGUGUACUCCGACUCCCAGAGCAGCCAGCAGAGCAUGGUGCUCAGCUCCCUCGUAGACACGACUCCAACCCCAGCCUCGUGUGUAUGCAGCCCCCCUGUGAGUGAGGGGCCUGGCCUGACCCACACCCUGCCUGCACUAGGGGCCUUCCAGCAGCCGGCCGCGGUGCCUGGCCUGUCAGUGGGCCCUGUGCCACCCCCUGCCCGCCCUGCACUCAUCCAGCAGCAUUUUCCAGAACCUUCCAUGAGCUUCACACCUGUGCUACCACCACCCAGCACCCCUGUGCCCACAGGCCCAAGUCAGCCAGCACCCCCAGUCCAGCAGCCUCUUCCAAUGGCCCAGCCCCCCACCCUGUCACAGGUCCUGGCCCCACAGCCCGUGGGUACUGUCCAGCCCGUGGGUACUGUCCAGCCAGUGCCCUCCCAUUUGCCUCCAUACCUGCCUCCAACCUCCCAGGUAGUGGCCCCUGCUCAGCUGAAGCCUCUCCAGAUGCCGCAGACACCUCUGCAGCCUCUUGCUCAAGUCCCUCCACAGAUGCCUCAAAUGCCUGUGGUUCCCCCCAUCACUCCCUUGGCAGGACUUGAUGGCCUCCCUCAGACCCUCACCGAUCUGCCAGCCGCAAACGUGGCCCCUGUGCCGCCACCUCAGUAUUUCUCACCUGCUGUGAUCUUGCCAAGCCUCACGACGCCCCUGCCCACGUCACCGGCCCUGCCUCUGCAGGCUGUCAAGCUGCCUCAUCCCCCUGGAGCACCCCUGACUGUGCCCUGCCAGACCAUCGUGCCAAAUGCACCAGCUGCUAUCCCCCUGCUGGCUGUGGCCCCACAGGGUGUGGCUGCACUGUCCAUCCAUCCAGCAGUGGCCCAGAUCCCAGCCCAGCUCCCAGCCCAGCUCCCAGCUCAGCCUGUGUACCCAGCAGCCUUCCCACAGCUGGCACCUGGAGACAUCCCGCCCUCACCUCACCACACGGUGCAGAGCUUACGGGCUACCCCUCCACAGCUGGCCUCACCUGUGCCUCCUCAGCCUGUCCAGCCCAGUGUCGUCCAUCUACCUGAGCAGGCUGCUCCAGUUGCUGCCUCAGGGACCCAGGUAAUCCACCUGUGGGAGUGGACUUACUACUCACUGCCCGGAGACCCACAGGGCCAGUUUCAAGAGACUCUCGAGCUGUUCCCUUCAGAGGGCCAUGGCUCCUGUUAG